AUGGAAUUUGUGAUAUUGUUUUUUCCAAUCGUUGAGAUAUGGGAGUUUGAGAAGCGUCAGCGGAAAGCACGUGAAGAGCCCGGCCACACAAAAUUCAGCAAGUACAGCAUAGCAGCAUUAGAGCGGGCAUUACAUCAUGACAUUGACCGCCUGGAGGAAUUUGCUGCGACCAAGGACUUCACUGGGGAAAACAUCAUUUUUCUCAAGCGCGUUGAGAGCUGGAAAGAGAGGUGGAGGUUGUCGGAUAUCGAAGCCGGUAGCGGGGAGUUGACACCACCGGUUCUUCGCUCACUCUACGAUACUGCUGAGCAUAUAUUCAACGCUCUUAUUCACAGAGAAUCCUCUGCUUUUCCGUUGAACAUUGAAGAAGAUGUCUACCUUCCCUUGAGUAGAGUUUUCGGUGAAUCUGACUAUAGAUCUCAGAGAUGUCUCUCCAUACACAAGUUCCCUUCAGUUUCAAAGGCAAUAGCCCCGUUUGCAGACGAGAUUCUCACAAACGCAAGAAAAACGCCUGAAAACAGGGGAUUUCGGGAAAUCCAAGGCUCACGAGAGCCCGAGAAGCUCGAAUACAAUGAUGAGAGACCGCCAACACCCCCACGGAAAAAUUCAGUCCUAAUCGUACCGCCCGAGCCACCAAUGAGUUUUGAUAUCCGUGUCUUUGAUAGAGCGGAGAUCGCAGUUAAGCAAAUGGUUUUGACAAAUACUUGGAUUCGGUAG